UUAGGGUUUUUACUGGUUUCUCCUUUUAUCUGAGUAGCGGCCGGGAGAGCUUUGGACGUUCGUAGGAUAGUGAGAUUUCGAAGGGUUUGGACUUUGGAGUUUCAGUAAAAAUGCCGCCUAAGUUCGAUCCGUCACAGGUAGUGGAGGUUUAUGUACGUGUUACAGGAGGCGAAGUCGGGGCAGCGUCAUCUUUAGCGCCAAAGAUUGGACCUCUAGGUCUUUCUCCGAAGAAAAUCGGAGAAGACAUAGCAAAGGAAACAGCUAGAGAUUGGAAAGGGCUGAGAGUGACUGUUAAACUUACUGUCCAAAACAGGCAAGCGAAAGUCGCUGUAGUUCCCAGUGCUGCAGCACUGGUGAUAAAAGCAUUGAAGGAGCCUGAAAGGGACCGCAAAAAGACUAAAAAUAUCAAGCAUUCGGGGAACAUCUCGUUAGACGAUGUUAUCGAAAUUGCGAAAGUAAUGAAGCCACGCUCAAUGGCAAAAGCCCUCGCCGGGACAGUCAAGGAGAUUCUCGGCACUUGUGUAUCAGUGGGGUGUACCGUAGACGGGAAGGACCCCAAGGAUUUGCAGAGCGAGAUAGAUGAAGGGGAGGUCGAGAUCCCCGAAGAUUGAUUAAAAUUGGAACGAGAUUGAUUUGGAUGUCGCAUGGCUUCGAUAAUGCCGAUUCCUUUAUAGAGAUGGGAUUUCCAAGUAAAGGUAGAAUCAGGAAGAGGAGUGAAGGAUAAUUUUGUUUGAUGUGAUUUUAUGAUGAACUUGAGGGUAAAUGGUGAAGAUAUAUUUUUGUUAUUUCAAGUUUCAACAGAACCUUAGUUUUUUACUGUCAUAAUUUUUGUUACAAUACGGAAGGAGAUAAAUUAUAUGUAUUGUUUUUUUUGAAACUUGGAUGGAGCACUUACUGUUUGGUAUAUUUCUGUAUGUUGUUGACUUGGUCUUCUCAUCGUUACGGGGAAUCAUAAUUUUUAUUUGUUAUAAAUUCA